AUGGAUUCUCUCUCUAAACCCGGGUUCCUCAGCAUCAUCGCUGGAGUUGCAUGUGGAGUGUGCCUGGGCUGGGGCAUUCGCGGGAGACUUUUCAAGCAGCCCAAAACCGGGAUGAUUGCAUCUGCAAACAGCAUGGGGAGCGAAGCAGACAUCAUGGGAGAGUCCGGGGAGUUCAAGAUGGUGCUGAUUGUCCGCAAUGAUUUGAAGAUGGGAAAGGGUAAAGUAGCAGCACAGUGUUCCCAUGCUGCUGUUUCUGCCUACAAGCAAGUUCAGAGAAGAAAUCCUGAGCUCCUGCAGCAGUGGGAGUACUGCGGGCAACCUAAGGUGGUCCUCAAAGCUCCUGAUGAGGAGACUCUGAUUCAGCUCCUGGCUGAUGCCAAGCACCUCGGACUGACUGUGAGCCUAAUACAAGAUGCAGGUCGCACUCAGAUUGCUCCAGGCUCCCGGACAGUCCUUGGUAUUGGACCAGGACCAGCCGAUGUAGUAGAUAAAGUUUCUGGUCACCUAAAACUUUUCUAA